AUGUCCGAGAAGCAGCCCCCUGCCGUUGUCGAGGGCGCCACCGGCGGUGACGUCGAGGAGGAGGUCCAGCCCGCCAAGUCCGCCGAGGACCGCAAGGCCGCUUCCGCGCUCGCGAGCCUCGACGCCCGCGGCGACGACGCUUCCGAGGACAAGGUCGACGCCGAGGCUGCGCAGAAGGCCAUCAGGGGCCUGGGAGGUGCCACGGCCGCCAAGAAGGAGGUCAAGAACGUCAAGGUCGACGCUGCCGACGUGACGCUGCUGGUUGACGAGCUGGAACUCCCCAAGGCCAAGGCGACAGAGCUGCUGAAGGCCAACGACGGCGAUGCGGUCAAGGCGAUGAAGGCGUACAUUAGCGCAUGA